ACUGCGCUCACUGUUUGUUUUCCUGCAUUCAUUCAUUUCAGACUGUGAGGAUGAGGGUGAUUAUCUACAUCUGUCUGUCAGCCUUUGUUCUGGGCUGUAAUGUCGCUGCAGUAAUGCAGCAAAGAAUAUUCAAGAAGGACUCUGUCACUCUGCGUUGUCCUCACUCUGUGGAGGGUAAUGUGACGUGGAGCAGAGAGAGAGAUGGACACAGAGUUGACAUACUUACAGCUGAUGGUGGCAGAGACAUAAAACACAUUCGUGAUCCAGGCAGACGAUACAGUUCAUCAGCAGAUAAAUCACUUUACAUCCAAAGAGUUACUGUCUCAGACACUGGAAGAUACUUCUGUAAUAAUGAACCAGCUGUGGAGCUGACGGUGAUCCCAUCAGAAACCAUCAAGAAGAAGAACUCUGUCACUCUGAGUUGUCCUCACUCUGUGGAGGGUAAUGUGACGUGGAGCAGAGAGAGAAAUGGAACUAAAGUUAACAUAUUUACAACUGAUGGUGACAGAGAGAUAAAACACAUUGAUGACCCAGAGAGAAGAUAUAAUUCAUCAGCAGAUAAAUCACUUUACAUCCAAAGAGCUGCUGUCUCAGACACUGGAAGAUACUUCUGUAAUAAUGAACCAGUUGUGGAGCUAAAGGUGAUCCCUCCAGUAAUAGUCCAAAAAAUCAUCAGGGAAAGGAACCCUAUCACUAUGCGUUGUCCUCACUCUGUGGAGGGUAAUGUGACGUGGAGCAGAGAGAGAAAUGGAACUAAAGUUGACAUACUUACAGCUGAUGGUGACAGAGACAUAAAACACAUUGAUGACCCAGACAGACGAUACAGUUCAGAGACAGAUAAAUCACUUUACAUUGGUAGAGUUACUGUCUCAGACACUGGAAGAUACUUGUGUAAUAAUGAACCAGCUGUGCAGCUGACGGUGAUCCCAUCAGGAACAACCAGACUUGAUGCUGCAGAGAGGACCACCAUCACUCUGAAAUGUCCUCCUGAUGUUGGAGGAUCAGAUGUUCCAACAUGGAGCAGAGACGCUGUUGAAAUACAACAACAGAGACGGUUUCAUGUUUCAACUGUGAACAACACGUUGAUAAUAACAGACCUGCAGCCUGCUGACUCUGGACUUUAUUACUGUGAUGGAAAACCUGCUGCGUAUCUGACUGUGAACAAAGAUGAGACAUCUGAGAGAGAAAAUACAACUAAUACAGCAACAACAGCAACAACAGCAACAACAGCAACAACAACAACAACAACGAAACAAACUUCUACAACAACAAUAACAGCAGCAACAACAACAACAACAAAACAAACUCCUACAACUUCAACACCAACAACAACAACAACAACAACAACAAAACAAAUUCCUACAACUUCAACAACAACAACAACAAAACAAACUCCUACAACUUCAACAACAACAACAACAAAACAAACUCCUUCAACUUCAACACUGACUACAACACAGUCGGCUCCUGAAAACCAGCAACCACCUGACACCCAACUUGGUUUGGUGUUAGGAAUAGCUGUUUCCUUCUUCCUCCUUGUCAUCAUCAUCAUCAUCGUCUACUGUACGCGGAGAUGCAGGUUUAAGAGACAAGGAACUGAAGAAAGUUUCCCUGUCUACGAGGAUAUACAGGACGGAUCAGUGUUUCAGUCUACAAACGGUGUGGAAAGCUUGUCUGGACCAACAGCUACAUACUACAUGAUAGAUCUUCCAGGUGGUUCAACAAACGAACCCACAUAUUCCACCAUCACUGAUCUUCCACCAGUGGGAGAGAAGACUGAGACAUUUCUACCUAAUGACUCUCCAUAUUCCUUGAUCGGCGGCACUUUUCUUGGAGGAAAUAAUAAAGGUUCUUCACAGCCGACUGAAAACACGUAUUCUUUUCUGGAGAAACCCAAAGCACCUGGAAACCAGUGACCAACGUUGGACCUGAACAGUGUACCGCUGUCAGGUUGAAACCUGCUUCUGUAAGAGCUGUUUAUAGGAAAAUACGGGGAAACAAAGCUUGUUUCUUUUUCUAAAGUCAAGAUUAAACCAGUUUCAGGGGGUUUGGGGCAUGGGUCUUUGAGGCUAUUUUGUAUAUCUGUAUAUAAUACGUCUGUGUACCAAUUUUCAGAUAUACAUAAAUAUAUUGUGAAACAGGGUGCAAUGACUGCAGGUUAGGGGGCGCUGUUGAGGCAUUUUGCCACGCCCAUGUGCAUGAUCCAUAGAAUAUGUACAUUUUCGCCACUGCUGAAAAAAGUGACUGAUUUCUGUCUUUCUUGGCUGUGGGUGGUUGUUGUCAUUCAGAUGUGUUGUAGUCUUGAAAAUGCCAUUAGGUCCUAAAUAUUUUGUAUUUUGUGUCUAUAGCUAUCUUUGUUUCUUUAUCUCUGACUAGGACACUUUAUGUUGGUUUUUCCUUUAAUUUGUCACCCGUCUGUAUCUUCUUAAUGUAUUAUUAUUUAUAUAUUAUUAUUUUAAAUAGUAUUAAAUGUACCUCAGACAGUUUCUGUACUGCGACAUGAUUUCCCCUCUCUGGAGCUUAAUAAAUGCAUUUGAUUUGAUUAAA